AUGACGGCCUUGAGUUUGGAAGAAGCGAUAGAAAGUGCUCUCAAAAGUUUUCCCAAUAUCGAUUGUUUAAAGGAUGAACAGAAGAAAUGUAUCGCAGCACUGCUGCAGAGGAAAGACCUGUUGGGUUUGUUACUAACGGGAUUUGGUAAAAGCUUAAUUUUCCAACUAUAUCCGCGAAUCUUUGAGUUGGUGAACGGCAGGAAAAAUUGUCACUUUAUCAUUGUGAGCGCGUUGAAUGCUAUAACAGAAGAGCAGGUUCAGGAACUUGCCAACAUAGGCAUAUCAACUGUAGCUUUUGGCACUAGCUGUGAAACGGAUGAAAAUAUACUAAAGGGCAAAUACAAGUUGGUGCUUGGUAGUGAAGAAAUGUGGCUGAGGAAGACCUGGAUAAAUAAUUUUAAGAAGUCUACCCUGAGAUUUUCUGGAAACUUUUGGGUUUACGUGCGGACAACUAAUUCAAUUACGGCGAUUGUCACGGAA